CUGAUUACAUCGCUUUUACGCAAUCCUCUUUUCUUUCCUCUUUACACUCGCGUGAUCCUCUUCGGCUCUUCGACGUAUAUAAUUCCAAAAUCCGAAACGUAAUAUCUCCAGUAACGUAUAGACGUGCGGAAAUUAGCAUAUAGAAAUGAUUUUCGAUCGCAUGACGCGAAUUCUCGAGGCUGUAGCUGUGCAGUGAUUGAUAAUUAAUUAAGGAAGGAUCGAGAGAGAGAGAGAGAGAGCUAACUGACUUGACAGUUCUGGGAUUCGUCCAUCCGGUCAGAGUCGAUAAUCGCAUACGGAUUUUAACGGAUUAACUGUCGAUCCGUUUCUUUUAUUUUUUUCCCGCGAUUUUAUGAAAAUAAACGAGCGUGAGAGGACGGAUGCGUUUUUAAUGCGAGGCGUUAUUUCUCGCCUCAACCUUGCAGGGAAAUCGCAACUUGUAGACAUAUUACAUACCCCGGUAAUACGGUAACGGAUUGCGUCAACCAUCGCAAUCGCGACGUGAGGACAAACGCGGACGGAAAAAUCCCAAGCUUCAGCAGACGGCGCGGGCCGAGAGAGGAAGAGAGGGAGGAGGAGAAAAAGACUCCGCGUCUUGAACUACGGCAAAAAAAAAACAAAGAAAGAUAAAGGAAACCAGUUCGACCAGGUUGUGUCGCGUAUGGAAACGUCGGACGCCCGAAAGCUUCGCCGCACGCGGAUCUCCUCCCGCGAGAAACGAGACGCGCGGAGCGGUGCCGCGCUAAACGUCGUCGCGUUUGACGAGCGCGGAUCGCCGCGCGAGCUCUAAGCUCAUCUCUCGCUCGCGACAACGGGCAGCCCGAGCCCGAAUUGCAUAACGUGCGAAAUUCUUGGCUUACGCUAAACUUGGCCUUCCCCGCGCCUCUCGACGAUGGACGCGAGGGACUUUGUCCGCGAUUACGUGAAAUUUCAUUAUAUUUGUCCGCGAUUACGUGAAAUUUCAUUAUAUUGCCAUCCGUCCGCCUCCCGCAAUCGUGUGUCAAUUGGUCGACACCUUUCGAUCCCUCACCGUUCUAUUUUUAAUCUCUUGCACCAUUAUUUCUCCCGCGAAUAACUUCGUUACCUCGGGCGCAGAGCGUAUUGUGUGCGCUCGAUCGAGCUGUCGGCGGUGCGCUUCUCUCUCCUUUUUUUUUUAAAUACUUAAAACGUCCUACCUCUCCGCCGGGGAGGACUGAAAGGUUUUUGCGUUAACGUCGGCAGAUAAGAUAAUAAAUUUGCGCUACGCCGGUGGUCGCGUCCGCGAUUGAAAUGUUCGCUCGCCCUUACGUAAGACGACUUCGUGCGACUUUAAUCAGCUCGCCCUUGAACGGAAACGAACCGGCACGUAUGUCAGGCUUCCCCCGCUUGCGAUUUAUGCAUAUACAUUUUAUCACGUCGUAUAUAUCAAAUAUACCUACUGCGUUGCGCGUCUCUUGUAUACAGUUUUGAUAAGAGCUAGAAUGUUUUUUUUUUUCCUUUACGAAGUAAAACCGUUCCAUAAUUGAGCACGAGAUAAUUUACACGAUACAUUUUGCCGUGUUAAAGUGGCGCGAUUCUUUCACCAGAGACGCGUACGUGUGACAGCGCUUGCAAAACGUUCGCGAUUUCUCGAGUCGACGGUAAAUUUGCGGAAGCAUAAAAGAAAAAGAGAUAAAUUUAGAAAACCUUAGUCUACGCUGCUUGCAUUCGCACCUUAAAUUUCGUCACAAUGGAUUAGCACUUCUUGAAGUUCUAAAAGCUUAAAUUUUUCAACUCAGCUCAGCGUUUGAUUCCUCGCGGACCGUAGUUAAUUGAACUGACGUUUCUUUUUUUUUUUUUGCGUUUGACGAUGUUUGCGACGAGCCUCGAAAAACUAAAAAAACGUUGAAUUAUCAUCGCCUCUAUUUCUCACCGUUUGUCAUUCCGCGAUUCUUUCGCGAGGGAGAACAUUCGUCAGUUGGAAAAGGAGAAGAAAACAAAAAUGAAACCGAUGAUGUUCGUGAAACUCGAGUGCGGUAACGCGACACCCGCGUGUUUCCUUUACUCAUUGUCGACGAUAUUAGAUCCUCGACAUUAGUCAGUUGUUUUUGUCCAAGCGAGAAGAAGUUUCAUUUAGUUAAAGAGAAGAUUGAGAACAACGUGACAAAGAAUAUAGAGAACAGUCGAGGAAUUCCAAACUCUGACGUCGGUCGCUGAAGUUAAAUUCGUGUCCUCGUAUCUAGCGAGAGAGACUCCUUUCAUCAGUUUCCUUUCAACUCUGUCUAUAUUUCCCUCGCGAUUCGAUCGUCGGGCGUGCAAAGGCGAGAAGGCGUGAUAUUCUUUGCAAACUCGAGUCUCCGGGUCCCCAAUGACGACGUGAGGCCAAGAUCAAGCAUUCAAGUUUCAGGAAAAUCUUUUGCGCACGAUGAUACAAAUCGAGAAUACGUUCUUUCAACUGGGUGAGAGCUGUUCGAGGAAUUGCCUGAUCAUCUGCGAUCGCGGUGCGAUGGACGCCUCCGCCUUCAUUUCGAAGGAUAAGUGGGAGCUUAUGAUGGCCUCGAACGGAUGGAACAACGUCGAGCUAAGGGACAACAGGUACAACCAGAUCAUCCACAUGGUUUCGGCAGCGAACGGUGCCGAGGAGUUCUACUCCACGGAGGAGCACGCGUGUCGCUCUGAGGGCGUCGAGCUCGCGCGCGAGCUCGACUACAAGGCCGCGGCCUCCUGGGUCGGUCAUCCGUACUUCGACGUCAUCGACAACUCGCAGGAUUUCGAGACUAAAAUUUGCCGGAUGAUCGAGUGCGUGUGCCAGAAACUGGGCAUCGACACCGGCGACCGAUUGCUCGCCAGCAGCCGCAAGGUCAAGUUCCUCGUGACGGCGCCGCUGCCGGCGGAGAGCGAGUUCCCGCCAUUCCAGGACUUCGACGUCGUGCAUAAUUACCUCCAGAGCAACAAUCCCAAGAUGCAGGCUCGUUUACGCAAGCGCGGCCAGAAAGGCCACUGGUCGUACAUUCACACGAUUCGCCGACCGAAAAUGUGCGGCCAAGUGAUCGAGGUGAAGACCCAACUGACGCACCGAGACUACCUGAACAUGUUGGCCCAGCGCGACGAUUCGCAUUUUACUAUCUUCAAGCGUCGCCGUUGCUUUCUCAUCAACAAUCAGUAUUUCCAGUUAGACAUAUACAGAGAACCGGCGCAUCCCAGAUGUCGAGGCUUGAUGUUACUCGAGACGUACACGGCGUUGACGGGUGAGGAGUUGAAAAACACUCUGCCUCAUUUUCUGACGAUUGAGAAGGAAGUCACCGGCAAUCCGGACUACAGCAUGUUCAACCUCAGCUUACGCGAAGAAUGGAACAGCACCAAUAAAUAUUGCCACAACAUGCAUGGCACCGUGCAAUUGGCAGAUAAUCAAGAUAAGAAGAGUUUGGCGACCGAAAUACAAAGCAAUGGACUCGAUUGCAAACCCGGCAAGGCAUCGAAUUCGAUUACGAAUCAUCAACAGACGAUCGUGAACAAGAGCGUUAAUGGCGCACAAAACGGUCUGACGAACGGUAAAGCAACGCUCGACGAGCGAUGUAACAUUAACGGCGACGACCAAGAGCCGGAAAUUCGCAAUGGCGAUUCGACCAUAAGGCACGAGAAGAGUUUGCGAAAAUUAAAGGUCGACAAACCGCGGGAGAACGGAUUUGGCAACAGUCUCUAAUGGAGGGACGUUUGCGGAAAGCUAACAAAACAAUAAAGUCUCUUAAUAAACAAGCAAUUCGCUAAUAAUUCCGAACUGAUGCGGGGACUUGUUAUCAGUAUCGGCGCGAAUUGUCUGAAUUAAUAUUGAGUAACCAACAACUACUAGCGCGAUAGACUUCUAAAAUUUCACACAGAUAAUAUCUAUUUUUUAAUCAAACUUGCGUGUCGUACUUAAGGAAUUUUCGUGGAAGGUCUUACGGCCAGUUUCGUCAACGUCGAUUAAACUUGGAUCAGAAUCAGGAUCCAGCGUUAAAUCUAUCGAAAAUAUUGACGAGAUUUGCACGAAAAAAAUCUCAAGAUAUUUCAGAUUUUUAAAUGAUAAAUUUUUCAUUCUCUCUAACAUUUCUUACAAUUUUAAAAAAAAUUUCUUAAAAAUUCCAGAUAAAAAAAAUAUAUUUGGAGGGAAAUGUCGAUUAAAGUUGUCACUUUCGUCCCUCUCUCGCGUGAUAUUUCAUAAGUUUCUCCAUAAUUCACACAUCGUUUCUUUUUGAAUUUUCAUAAGAAAGAGGAGAUAAGGAAUGAGCCGAGGAAGAGUAGGAGAUGUGGACUGAGCAAAAGUUGAAGUUACGCGACAUUGAUGAAACGAGGUCCUAGCUAAGUUUUCGAUACAGCUGCACUGAGACGAGCGAUGUACAUUAACGCACCAAGUAUUUGUACUUCGCUUUACUUUAUUCAAGUUUACUCUUCAAUAUUGCCUCAAGUAUUGUCUAACAACUUUUGAAAGCUCGGAAGAACGAUUGUGAUAGAGAGAAAUGUGCGUAUCGUAUUACAAAAAAGAAAAAGAGAUUAGCGUUUGUGCGGAAACGCGAAUCUUAAGAAAGAGAAAUAUCGAGUAUUUGAGACAGCAAUGCUAUCGGGUCACAUAUCCUACGAAAUAAUUAGAAAAUUCUCUUGGGACUGUCGUAUCUUUUGGAAUAUAUAGGAAUUCAAAUGUGUUUAAAUAUCUCGUGUAACGUAUUUAAUGUCAGAAAAAAAGAAAGUCACAAAAGAUGUUAAAAAUUUAUGUUCCGAUGAGUGAUGUAGUAGCAUUUUAUGAUACGUAGGUGAUACCAUUAAUGCAAUAUCGAAGUUGCAGGUUUUAAAGUGAGCUAUCAGAUCUUUACAUCAGCACUUGUACAAAUUUUUACAUAUAUUAAAAAGAAAUCGAUUAAGAUAUCUUGCAAAAUCCUUGAAGCACGAAGUCGGCACUCGCGACAACUUUAACAAGUUGCUCGUGGACAAUGCAAUCUUUUAAUUAGGAAAGAAAGUUGUAAAUUUUUUAGAAAUAUUUAAAUUAAAAUCUGCUCGGUUACAGAAUAGUUUUUUGUUUUCUGAUUUUGAGAAUUGAAGAUACACACGAGGCUGUUAUUCGAAAUACUUUCGAGUAAUUAAUUCUCUUUUAUCGUCGGGCAAACCAAAGCUUUUUCCCUUUUUAUAGAGUAUUCUCAAGCUUUUUAAGAUUUGUAAAUAUAUAUAUGUAUUUUUUAGUCUGUAGGAAUUUCGAAUCUUUUAGAUUUCGAGAAAUUUUAAUCUGAUAACUCACUCGAAAAAUAUGGCAAUGGCGUAGAACAGCCUGUUGUUGCAAUCGUGGCGAAUUCUUAACGAUCGAAUAUAUCAGUACUUAAAUAGGUGCUUGCCUAUAGAGUUAAGUUAAUUGUAUAUAAUGUGGCGCUAUUAUUUUUGUCGAAUUUACCAUUUCUGUGAUUAAUUGUAAUAUGUGUUGUCGAUGUAACCGCGAGAGAUCUCACAGAUAGCGGGACGAGAGAUUUACCGGAGAGAGAAAGAAAGGGAUGACGAUUUAGAGAGGCGAUUUACGAGAUCCCCGUAUAUUUUGCUCGUGACCCUGAAAAACUUGGUGAUGAAUUCUGCGAUGACGCUUAUCCACACGUGUCGCUUUCGCAUUUUCUACACGCCAAACUACAUCAUUCACAAAUUUUUGCCACUGUUUAGAGACGAAGUGCCUGUGAAACAUUCAUUCGCGAAAAUAAAGAGAAAGAAAUAUAUAUGUAUAUAUAUAUAUAUAAAUAUAUAUAUGUAUAAAAAGAAACAUGAAAGUCUAUAUUUUCAUUCGAUGAUGCAACAGUGAGUUAUCAACGCGCACUCAGUUUACGUAUAGAUAAUGGAUCUGAAGGACAGAACAUUGUACCCAUAUGCGUCUAAUAAAACAAUGUCACGUGCCUAUCA